AUGGCAGCCAAAGAGCCUCUAGUGAUCGUUGGAGAUUUCAAUGCUCCCAGCCUUCAUUGGGGCUACCACUUCGAACAGGCAAGAGGAUGUAAGGCCGUGAAUACGGACAACCUGAGGCCCAUAUCACUGACCUCAUGUGCGGGCAAGCUUACGGAGACGAUGGUUCGGGAUCGCCUCUCUCCAUACCUGGAGAGUAAGGGCUUCUUUGCAGUCACCCUGUUCGGGUUUUGCCCCCACAUGUCUGCACAGGAUGUCCUUCUCCAGCUGCACAGGGAUGUAAUACGACCCACAACUAUGCAACACAAUGACAAAGCCAUCCUCGCCCUUGAUCUGAAAGGGGCUUUCGACAAUGUUAAACACGGAAGCAUCCUGGCCAACUUGAGUUCUACCGAUUGUGGGGCUAGGGCCUACGCGUAUGUAAGAGAUUUCUUGACUAAUCGCCAGGCCUUCCUUCGGAUUGAGGGCGAGGAACACGGCCCUUACAUGAUGGGAACACGGGGUACCCCUCAGGGAGCGGUGUUAUCACCGCUCCUGUUCAAUAUAGCUAUGAUGCGCCUCCCAAGCCAACUGGCCCGGGUGGAAGGCAUUCAACACGCGUUAUAUGCAGAUGACAUUACAAUUUGGACCACUGAGGGGAGCCUGGGGGACAUGGAGGCCCGCCUUCAGCAGGCCGCUUCCAUAGUCGAUGCACUCAGACCGGACUCCACCAUUGUGAAACUCAAGAGAGUAGGCGAACAGGUAGGGCGUAUGAUCAGCCGCGUUUCCAACAAGCGGGGCGGUCUGCGGGGCAGGGACGCGCUUCGGCUCGUCUAUGCCUUCGUGACUAGCCGGAUCCUCUACGCCGUGCCAUAUCUCCGCACUACUAAGCAAGACGAGGCGCGAAUAGACGCCAUCAUCCGCAAGGCAACUAAGCGAGCCCUGGAUCUCCCGGUGGCUACCUCUAAUGCCAAACUGAAGGCAUUGGGGGUGCGAAACUCCUACCAGGAGCUGCGGGAGGCCCACCUCGUGAACCAAUACACGUACGCGGCUCAUGCAGACGGCCCCUGGGCGCCGCCUGCUAAACCGCUUACACAUCCAACACGACUGCACUCCAGAGGAGAUGGAGCGUAUCCCAGUACUGUGGUGCCAUAUGCUCUGGGUCUCCCCACUCCCCCGUAA